AGCUGGUUUUGAUGAACCUUGUCCCUACCCUGAGCGCCGGGUCGCUGGUCCAACUAUGGAGGCAACUACAGAUCUUCGGGACCCAGCCUCGUUAACGAUAACUCGGAAGUUUGAGUUUAACCCAAAGUGGGGCAUUGAUAAUCCUGUCCUCUCUCUGGCUGAAGACUACAACCCCUCUGGUAACCCCCUGGCCCUGGGCAACCGUUCCCUUUCCCCAGAGAUACCACAGCUCCUCACGGCCUCCCAUCUCCUUGAUCUCUGGAGCCUGCAGCGGCCGCGUUUCUGUCUGCUGAGCAAAGAGGAAGGCAGGAGUUUUGGCUUCCACCUGCAGCAGGAGCUGGGCAGGGCCGGGCCUGUGGUGUGCAGGGUGGAGCCAGGCACCUCUGCCCAGCACCAGGGUCUUCGGGAAGGGGACCGGAUCCUGGGGGUGAAUGAGCAUGUCGUGGAAUGUGAAGACUAUGCUGUGGUGGUUCGCUGCAUCCGGGCUAGCGGUCCUCGGGUGCUGCUGACGGUCUUGGCGCAGCACGUGCAUGACGUGGCUCAAGCUCAGCAGGGCAAGAGUGCCCCCCUCUGUCCUCCUCUCGGCCCGCGGGUCCGGCCCCGACUAUGCCACGUAGUGAAAGAUGACGGUGGCUUUGGCUUCAGUGUCACCUACAGCCGUCAGGGUCCUUUCUGGCUGGUGCUGAGUCCUGGAGGAGCAGCGGAGCGGGCAGGGGUGCCCCCGGGGGCCCGGCUGCUAGAAGUGAACGGGGUCAGCGUGGAGAACUUCACUUACAGCCAACUCAGCAGAAAGCUUUGGCAGAGUGGAGAGCAAGUGACCCUGCUGGUGGCAGGGCCAGAGGUGGAGGAACAGUGUCGCCAGCUGGGAAUGCCCCUGGCUGCGCCCCUGGCAGAGGGCUGGGCCCUGCCCACCAGGCCCCGCUGUCUGCACCUACAGAAAGGGCCCCAGGGCUUUGGGUUCCUGCUUCGUGAGAAGAAAGGUCUUGACGGUCGCCCUGGACAGUUCCUGUGGGAGGUGGACCCAGGACUACCAGCUGAGAAAGCCGGGUUGCAGGCCGGGGACCGGCUGGUGGCUGUGGCUGGGGAAAGUGUGGAGGGGCUGGGCCAUGAGGAGACGGUGUCCAGGAUCCGGGCGCAGGGCUCCUGUGUCUCCCUCACUGUUGUCGACCCUAAGGCUGACCGCUUCUUCAGCAUGGUUCGCUUGUCCCCACUUCUCUUCUUGGAGAACGCGGAGGCUCCUGCCUCUCCCCAGGAAACCUGCUCGGCCUCUCUGGUUGAAACCAAGGACCUACCAGAUGAAGGGACAACCAUGCCUCCUGUCCUGGGCGGCUCCCACCAGUGCUCCCUGUACCCUGGGCCUGGCGGUGCCUAUGGCUUCCGACUUAGCUGUGUGGCCAGUGAGCCUCGCAUCUUCAUCUCCCAGGUGACCGUAGGAGGUUCAGCGGCCCGGGCAGGGCUGCAAAUGGGAGAUGUGAUUCUGGAGGUGAACGGGUAUCCCAUGAGUGGAGAGAAUGACCUGGAAAAGCUUCAGCAGCUGGCCGAGGCUGAGCCACCCCUCCACCUGAAGCUGGCAGCGAGGUCUUGCCCAGGCUCGGAAGCCUGCAACCCCCCCAGGUUUGGAGAGGACUGGGCUCCAGCGUCAGAGCUGCUAUAGUCCUCUCCUACCGGGCACAGAUCUGCCCAGUGGCCUUCCUGUCUUCACUCUCCGGCUGGCAAUGGUAGGAGCUGAGAAGCUCUCUUUUAAGCCAGAAGGGACAGCUCUAGGAUUCUGGGCAUCUCCAAUCACAGGAUUGCCCAGGGUCUCCCUCCCUUCCCUGGGGCCCACCUCCCAGAAGAAGGUGUGGCCAGAGGCCUUAGGCAGGCCCACUAGGGGGAGGUUUGCCCUCUGGUUCCAGAGGAAGUCCUACGGGAGCUUUGGGAGUUGUGUUCCCAUGGAUGAGUGGUGUGAUUUUGUGAUUUAUAAUAAAUUAUACUCUUUCCCGGCACAGAGCUCCUAAAACCCUUGGAAUUUCCUAAGUAGUGAAAGUGAUAAAGAUGUCUUCUUUUAUUCAUAACAAGCCCCUUUCAACCACACCUAACUUUGUUAAGGAAGUGACUUUUGGAAAGCACCUAAGGAUGGGGGACUGGUUGCCAGGGGAACCAACCAUGUGAUUAGAGGGUUGGAACUUUCAGCCCCCCCCCACCCCCCCACGCUGGACCUCCUGGGAGGGGAGAGGUGCUGGAGGUUGAAUCACUCACCAACGACCAAUUGUGUCAUUGAUCAUGCCUCCAUAGUGAAGCCUCCAUGAAAAACCAAAAGGAUGAAGUUCUGAGAGUUUCCCGGUUGCUAAUUGCGUGGAGGUGCUGCGAGGGUGGCGCCCCGAAGAGAGCAUGGAGCUUCUGUGCUCAUGCCUUGCCCACAGCAUACUUGCCAUCUGGCUCCUCCUGAGUUGUGUCCUUCGUAAUAAACUGGUAAACUAGUGA